AUGGCAUCGCGCGAUGCUACUUGCUUUCACCGUAAAAACAAAUUGGUGUUUGUCAAUGGCACUCUCAUUUGCCUUUCUCCCACUGACCUCUUGUUCUCUGUUUGGAACCGUUGUAAUUCUAUGGUUAUUUCAUGGAUUCUAAAUUUUGUUACCAAAGACAUUGCUGAUAGUCUCCUAUAUUUUUCCAAUGCUUAUGAAGUAUGGUCCGAUUUGAAAACCAGAUACUCUCAGGCCAAUGGUCCUAGAAUCUUUCACCUCAAACAACAAAUUUCAUCUUUCUGUCAAGGUUCUUCAGAUGUUAAUGGCUACUACACCAAGCUGAAAUCCCUUUGGAAUGAACUACUGGAUUACGUCCCCCUUCCUCUCUCUACAUGUGGUGUUCUCCGUCCUAUCAAUACCCAUAGGGACCAGGAUCAUAUUCUCCAAUUCCUCAUUGUACUCAAUGAUUCCUACUCCUCUUUGCAUGCUCAGAUUUUGCUGAUUGACCCACUACCACUGCUUGGUAAGGUCUUCUCUAUAAUACCACAGGAAGAGCGUCGACGUCAAUCUAUUUCUUUGCCUGGUUCUGCUGUUCCGGAUUCCCCCUUUUUGAAUUCUGUAACCACAUCUUCUUCCUCAUCUCUGCAGGUUGCUUCUUCCCCACCUACAGUGGUUGCAACCCAACGCCAUUCCCAUCUCGUUUGCACAUACUGCCACCUUUCUUCCCAUACUCGUGAGAAAUGCUUCAAGCUCAACGGGUACCCUCUUGGCUACAAAUCCAGACCACCUAGGCCUACUCCAUUUCCUACCCUAGCGCAAAUACAAGCUCAGGACCACUCUAUACAUUCAGACUCCCCUCAACCAACACAUUUCUCCUUUACCACCCAACUAUCGAACCCUAAUUUCUCCCCCUCCGAUCCUCCCCUUGCCUUCACUCCUUCUCAAUACAACCAACUGCUAUCGCUUCUCGACCAGAGUUCUGCUUCGUCUUCUCCGUCUGGUGUUUCUUCCGUCGUCGAGUCUCCUCAUUCGGUAGCAAGCUUCAGUGUUAAGUCUUUCCUAUCCUUUCCUCCUUCUUGCUCGAUUUUGGAUACUGGUGCUACGCACCAUGUUUGCAUCUAG